AUGCUAGCUCUCCUUUCCUUCUUUCCUUCCGUCCCAUCCUUUCUUUUCGUUCGUUUCUUAGCUAGUCUAAGCACGAUGCUUUCCACGUCCAUUUUCUUCGUUCUUCUUACUUCUGUACUUGCCCAAAAUAACGACUGGAGCCAACCAUGUCUUGACGGAGAAUGCUUCUGGGACCUUCCCGCCUCUGCCAACGCGUCAGGAACGGUCCGCGUCUGGGGCUCAGCGACUGCUCUUUCCGACAUCACCAAGGCCGCUGGUUGGACAAUCCUCGACUGCAACCCUUCGUUACCCGCUCAGAAUAUCCGUCUCGUAUGCACUGGUGACGACGAGCAAUGCUCCCAUCUCUUCGAAGGAACUGGUGCCGAAAACACCCUUGUUCGUUUACCAACUUCUUGUGGAUCCACUCCAUUCGCACGCGUUGCUCGCUCGUGGGUCCAUGCCAACCAAACAUUGCCCACCGAUGUGGCCAAGAAGAUUGAGGCAAAGUUGCGCAAACGACAAGAUGAGGAACCUAUUUUGGUCCAGGGACUUGCUCUCGACACGCAGUUCGACAAAAUCGACCCGGAUGCUAAUGGCGAAGUAAACGUUGCUAUUGCUGGCACUACGAUUCCUGGCCAAGCCGGUGACCUCACUGUCACUCCUCCGCCUCCCGCGCCAGCUCGUCGCAGCCGCUUCCAACGUCGUGGUCUCUUCUCCUUCAUUGAAGACUCCUUCAAAAAAUUCAAUAACUUUGACAAGGAGAUAACAAAGCAGUUGCCGCCUGUUGACUUCGACAAGAGCUUGAAUCUUUUCAAAGCCUCCAUUUCAUGCCCGGACCCUGUAGCUUCCGCCUCCGUUUCCGCGGAUGUUAAUGGUAAAGCGCACGCGGUUGUUACCCUCGGAAUGUCCGCCGUCGGCAAAAUUGUCCCGCCCCAACUCAACGAGUUUGGUGUCUUUGUUGGUCUUGAUGGCAGCGUAACGGGAACUCUCGAUUUGAAGGGCAGCGCGACUGGUGCAAUCGACAGUGGCCUGAUCGAUAUCUUUUCAGUCGGGCUCCCUGGUCUUGAUUUCCCUGGCCUCAUUACUCUUGGUCCAACCUUCAAGGUGCAAGCCCAGGCCAAAGCUCAACUGGAUGCCAAUGUCGACGCCAAAAUUGUUCUGGCUUACAAAGUCGACAACGCGAAGCUCUUUUUCCCCCGCUCCGACUCGUUGAAAUCCGGUGGUAAUUUCAACCCAGCUGACAGCCCACUCAGCCUAUCUGUCGCGCCUUCCAUUGCUUCGCAAGGUGUCGUCAGCGCUCAUCUCAUCCCCCGCGUCGAUUUGGGUGUCAAUGCUCUGGCCGGCAUCGCCAAAGCCACCGUUUUCCUCAAUCUCGAUGCUAGUGCUUCAAUGACACUGUCGCUCGAUGGCAAAAUCAGCGCUGCUGUGAGCAACACCGACGGAAAAUCCUCCAGCGGAGAUAUCAAGGGUUGCAUUGAUGUGGGCGCUGGGCUAGACGUUAAUGCCGGGGCCGAAGGCUCAUUCUUCAAGAUCUUCGACAAGAGCACACAAGUCAACCUGUUCAGCAAGAAGUUCAAUCUACUCAACAAGUGUGUUGGUGGUUCAUUCCGCAACCGCGCUGUCGAACCAUUUGGCCUCGUUCGACGUAUCGAUUUGGGAUGCCCUGCCGCCACGUCGAGCCUUGUCAGUGCUUUGAGUGAGGCCAUUCCUGCCGGAAGUAUCAAAGCUGUGUGA